ACGUCAGUCUGUUUGAGACCGUCUGAUCGCGCACAUACACACACACACACACACGUGGGCACUGACGCGCGCGCGCACACACACAGGCUUGCUCCGUCGGACCCUGGAGGAAAGGAAAGGAGAGCGCUCCUGUUUAUUGCCUCCAACUUCUCUCUUUGCUUCUACUUGUAUCUUUCUGUCUCCUCUUAUCCACCAAUGCGAGGAUUUUAUGACUGUUAUCACUGUUAUUGUCACUGCUGUCCCGAACUAAGGAAAACCAGUUUAAGGACCAGACGGGAGCAUGUAAAAUAAUCCGCGCGAUUGAGCAAACCAAGAAGGAAAAAAAUGGAUAAACGGAGUUAUUCUCUCGUUUUGCCUGCAGCUUUCAUCUACUUUGUACUUUUGGGAUUUACUGGUGGACAGUUCUUUCCAGGUGGCUGUACAUUUGAGGAGUCAUAUAGCAGCUGUGGGUACAGCGUUUCUCUGGGAACCAAUGGAUUUACCUGGGAACAAGUCAACUCCUGGGAAAAACCCACCAUGGACCCUGCUCUGCCUACUGGUUCGUUCAUGGUGGUGAACGCGUCUGGCCGGGCGUCGGGACAAAAGGCUCACCUUUACAUGCCCACCCUGAAGGAGAAUGACACCCACUGCAUUGACUUCCUCUACUCCCUGUCCAGCCGGGACGGAGCCAGCCCAGGCACGCUCAACGUCUACAUCAAGGUGAAUGGAGGUGCUCAGGGUAAUCCAGUAUGGAACGCCUCUGAUACUGUUACUGAAGGCUGGGUGAAGGCUGAGCUGGCCAUUUCUACAUUUUGGCCUAACUCGUAUCAGGUAAUAUUUGAAGCAGUUUCAGUUCAAGGCCAUCCAGGUUUCAUCGCCAUCGACGACAUUCGAGUUCUAGCUCACCCCUGCCGUAAAGCGCCUCACUUCCUGCGUCUACAGAAUGUAGAGGUGAACGUGGGUCAGAAUGCUACGUUCCAGUGUACUGCUGGAGGGAAAUGGUCUCAGCAUGAUAAACUCUGGCUACAGCAGUGGAACGGCAAGGACACAGCGCUGAUGGUGACCAGGGUGGUGAACCACCGGCGUUUCUCUGCAACCGUCAGCGUUGGUGACACAUCCCAGCGCAGCACCAGCCGCUACCGCUGCGUCAUCCGAUCAGACGGCGGGUCAGGGGUGUCCAACUAUGCCGAUCUAAUUGUCAAAGCUCCACCCACUCCCAUUGCUCCGCCUGAGCUUCUUGCUGUUGGUGCCACCUACCUUUGGAUCAAACCGAACGCUAACAGCAUCAUCGGCGAUGGACCGAUCAUCCUGAAGGAGGUGGAGUACCGCACCACUUCAGGGAACUGGGCGGAGACCCACGUGGUGGACUCCCCCACCUAUAAACUGUGGCAUCUGGACCCAGAUGUGGAGUAUGAGAUCAAGGUUCUGCUAUCCAGACCUGGGGAGGGAGGAACUGGGCCUCCGGGGCCGUCGCUGGUCACCAGGACUAAAUGUGCAGAUCCAGUCCAUGGUCCCCAAAAUGUCAAUGUGGUUGAUGUCAGAGCCCGCCAGCUGACUAUACAAUGGGAGACGUUUGGGUAUGCUGUGACACGGUGCCACAGCUACAAUCUGACGGUGCAGUACCAGUAUGUAUUUAACCAGCAGGAGUUUGCAGCAGAGGAGCUGAUCCAGACAUCGUCACAUUACACCCUGAGGGGGCUGAGGCCCUUUGUCACUGUCAGACUGCGGUUGGUCCUGGCUAACCCAGAGGGCAGCAAGGAGAGCGAGGAGAUAGUCAAACAGACAGAGGAAGAUGUACCUGGCUCAGUGCCGAUGGAGUCUCUACAGAAUACACCCUAUGAAGAGAAGAUCUUCAUGCAGUGGAAAGCUCCCAACGAGACCAAUGGGGUCAUCACACUGUAUGAGAUUACCUACAAGGCCCUGAGCUCCUUGGAUCCCAGCGCUGAUCUGACAACCCAGAGGGGAAGGGUGUUCAAACUGAGGAAUGAGACCCAUCACCUGUUCGUUGGUCUUUACCCAGGGACCACCUACUUCUUCACCCUCAAAGCCUCUACAAACAAGGGCUUCGGCCCGCCUGUCACCACCCGCAUCACCACCAAGAUAGCAGCCCCCAUGAUGCCAGAGUAUGAGUCUGAGGCUCCACUGAAUGAGACAGAGACCACCAUCACCAUCCUGCUAAAGCCCGCCCAAUCACGUGGUGCACCUAUCAGCUCCUACCAGCUUGUUGUGAAGGAGGAGCGCAAGUCCAAGACCCGCCGUGCCGCCUCCGAAGCCCCCGAAUGUUUCUCCGCACCGGUCAGCUUCCGCAAUGCCUCUAUUUUGGACUCGUCCUACUACAUUGCUGCUGAGUUGCCCCCAUCCAGUCUCACAGUUGUACAACCUUUCACGGUGGGAGACAACAAGAGCUACGGCGGUUUCUGGAAUCCUCCACUGUCACCGGCCAAGAGCUACAGCAUCUACUUCCAGGCCAUGAGCAGAGCCAAUGGGGAAACCAAAAUCAACUGUGUCCGCCUGGCAAACAAAGUGGUAAUAGGUAGGGGACAAAUAACAACGCCGUACAUUCUAGUCAUCCCAAGCGAAGGUGCGUCAACCCAGGAUUCAGAUGCAAUGGAGCCAGAGAAGCAGGUUGACAGCACAGUGAAAAUGGCUGGAGUCAUUGCAGGGAUCCUGAUGUUCAUCAUCAUCCUCCUCGGCGUCGUCCUAACCUUCAAACGCAGAGAGAUUCACACAUGGAGAACUCUGAGCGUGGGAAAAUUGGCUAAGAAGCAAAAGGAGACUGCCAGCAGUUCCACCCAGCAGAGGGAGAUGGGUCCAGUCACCACAGCUGAUAAGAGCACCACUAAAGUGAGCACCCUGCACAAAGAUGACCCCUUCUCAACCUCCAACCAGGACCUCAAUGGAUUCACCUCCCCCUCUCCCUGCUCCUUCUCUGUGCAGGGAAGCAAGACACUGCAGAGCAAAUCCCUGCUGAAUUCGUACUACUCAGUGUCCAAAGAGCCUGUUCCAGCCACAACUUCUAUAGACAGUAGCCAGCCGUCACUCGCCCAACCCUCUCUGACCCUGCAGAGUUUUCCCUAUGGAGGCUGUGAGUCUGUGGAGCUCUCCUACCAGAGUGGUCAAUUCCAGGCAGGCCAGUUUCAGCCGGCCAUUCGAGUUGCCGACCUCCUUCAACACAUCACGCAGAUGAAAUGUGGACAGGGCUAUGGUUUCAAGGAGGAAUAUGAGGCCUUAGCGGAAGGACAGACGGCGCCCUGGGAAACGGCCAAGAAGGAUGAGAACCGCAACAAGAAUCGCUAUGGCAACAUCAUCGCUUAUGAUCACACCAGGGUCCGACUGCAGCUGCUCGAUGGAGACCCCCAUUCUGACUACAUCAACGCCAAUUAUAUUGAUGGGUACCAUAGACCCAGACAUUACAUCGCCACACAAGGGCCCAUGCAGGAAACGGUGAGAGAUUUCUGGAGGAUGGUCUGGCAGGAAAACUCAGCCUCUAUCGUCAUGGUUACCAACCUAGUGGAGGUGGGCAGGGUGAAGUGUGUUCGUUACUGGCCGGAUGAGACAGAGGUUUAUGGAGACAUCAAGGUGACCCUGAUAGAAACAGAACCACUUGCUGAAUACGUCAUACGGACAUUCACUGUCCAGAAGAAGGGUCAUCAUGAGAUCCGGGAACUCCGUCAGUUUCAUUUCACUAGCUGGCCAGACCAUGGAGUUCCUUGUUAUGCCACUGGACUGCUUGGCUUCAUACGACAAGUCAAGUUCCUCAACCCGCCUGAUGCUGGGCCUAUAGUGGCACACUGCAGUGCUGGUGCAGGAAGGACGGGCUGCUUCAUUGCAGUGGACAUUAUGUUGGACAUGGCAGAAAAUGAAGGCGUGGUGGACAUUUUCAACUGCAUACGAGAGCUGAGAUCACAACGAGUCAACAUGGUCCAGACAGAGGAACAAUAUGUGUUUGUUCAUGACGCCAUCUUGGAGGCAUGUCUAUGUGGGAAUACAGCCAUACCAGUGUGUGAGUUCAGAGCCAUUUACUACAACAUUAGCAGACUGGACCCACAGACCAAUUCCAGCCAGAUUAAAGAUGAGUUCCAGACUCUAAACAUAGUGACCCCAAGAGUCCGUCCAGAGGACUGCAGCGUAGGUUUGCUACCCAGGAACCACGACAAGAACCGCAGUUUGGAUGUUCUAUCCGCAGACCGAUGCCUGCCUUUCCUCAUAUCUGUGGAUGGGGAGAGCUCCAAUUACAUCAAUGCUGCAUUAAUGGAUAGCCACAAACAGCCAGCGGCCUUCAUUGUUACCCAGCAUCCUUUGCCAAACACCAUGGGCGACUUCUGGAGGCUGGUGUUCGACUACAACUGCUCCUCGAUUGUAAUGCUCAAUGAGAUGGAUGCAGCACAGUUGUGUAUGCAGUACUGGCCAGAAAAGAGUUCAUGUUGCUAUGGUCCUAUUCAAGUCGAAUUCAUAUCGGCAGACAUCGACGAAGACAUCAUCAACCGAAUCUUCAGGAUCUGCAACAUGGCCAGGCCACAGGACGGUUACCGCCUGGUGCAGCACUUUCAGUUCAUCGGCUGGCCAGCCUACAGGGACACGCCUCUCUCUAAACGCUCUAUCCUCCAGUUGGUCAGGAGGUUGGCUAAGUGGCAGGAGCAGUAUGAUGGAGGAGACGGGAGGACUGUGGUACACUGCCUUACCGGCGGAGGUCGUUCUGGAACGUUCUGUGCCAUCUGCAGCAUCAAUGAGAUGAUCCAGCAGCAGAACAUUGUGGAUGUUUUCCACACCGUCAAAACACUGAGGAACAACAAGACUAAUAUGGUGGAGACUAUGGAACAGUAUAAGUUCUGCUAUGAAGUGGCUCUAGAGGCUCUCAGCUCCUUCUGAAGUUUUCUUUUCUGAUUCGCCGUUGACGCUGCCUGUCAUUCUCAACGCAACACUGGGACACACAAAGUGCAAAACUGCUUUGUGCUGUCCCGAAUCCAACCUGUGAGCAUGUGUGCCUGUAUGUAUGUAUGUGUGUGUGUGUGUGUGUGUUUGAGAGUGUGUGCACUUGAUUAUGUGUGAUUAAGAGAGGGCGUGCUUGCAUACUUGACUGUGUACAUGUGUAUCUAUGUGUGUGCUUGUGACAACACAUACACACGCAUACAACCUGUACAGAAGAGGGAAAAAAAGUGAGAAACAUACACACUGAUGAUUUCCAUGUGUGUGUUCACUUCAGCAAGACUGGGGACCUUACAUGCUUGUACAAAGAAAAAAGAGAAAAUGAUAUGUUGAAAACAAAAUGAGAUGUUUAAAAAAACACCACUUUUUCCUUCUCUCUCUCUCUGUCCUCUCUGCUGGGCUGUGAUGUGACUAUUGUACAGUAUUUCCUUUUUAGAUAUAUUCUCCGCCUUGAAUGUUGUCUCCCUCUGAAGGCUGGAUGCACACUGGAAGAUUUUUUGGGAACAUUCCCAUUUAGCUGAGGAAGUGAUGCCUUAACUUUGCAUUUUGGAUUCCAAUAUUUAUCCACCCAGAGUAUGCAUUUAUAGAAAUUAAUGAAACAUGUUUGGCUGUCUUUACUCAAAUGUGGAUGUUGUUGAUGAUUCACUUAACUCGAUCAAAGCAAAAACCAACAGACCACUUAUAUUUCUGGCAUUUUUCUUUGAAAUCACAAGCUGAUAAAUUUCCUUGCGUCUUUGACUGCAUCAAAGUUAAAUGCUAAUGAUACUUGUAAUUCAAUAAUUGGUUACAGAAAUUCUCAGUAUGUCUUCUUUAAAUUCAUUCUGCAUCAAGGCAAAGUCAUUUAUGGCUUUCUUUUGAAAAAACAGCUUGCUUUUAUUGGGAAAAAAAUGGUUACAAAUAAAAAGGAAGAAGUUGCAUAUCACAUGCUACAGUGAGUGGAGCAAGUGCAUGGUGAAGAAUAACAACAGCUGUAAACAAAAAAUAACAAUAAAAAAAAAUACAUGCGUUGCUUUUAACACCAGAUCUUGUUGUUGUUAUCUGUGAUGCAUGUUGUCAUUGGGCUGUAAGAAAAAAAGUUUUAUAAAUGUUUUUGGAUGGCUUUAUGUAAAAGCAAUCUUCUCAAAAUCUUAUAGUGUGCAUCCACCCUUACUGUAAAUAAGAUAAGACAACCACAGUCAAACAAACAAACAGACAAACAACAUGCACCAGACACAUUCCAAAUAAAGGUUAUCAUUUCAAAACACUAUUGCUCUAAAAUGCUCUGUCAGUGUCAUUUUCAGCAACUCUGUGGUUAUGGUUUGGAAAAAAUGUCUUGUUACUUUACUACAAACUGUCCAUUUAGUCAUGUUGUCCAAAACAUUAAGAUAUAUAUUUUUGCAUAGUACACAUUUAGCUGACGCCCACAUUCAGAGUGACUUAGAAUGAGGGAAGCAGAUUGCUAUGAAGUUAUUUCAGAAGCAAAAACAUAUAAUAUAUGUGGCUGACGCAGGACUAUAAUAAGCACGGCCAGUUAUUUCAUUCGGACUGGGAGUGCCUGAACGUUGCCUACCCUAGUUUUAAAGAGACAUUUAAAAAAGAACAUGGCUGUUUGAAAUUAGCUUGUGAUAGUCUGGUUACAGGUCACCCUGCAUGUCUUCUGUAGUUUGAACUGAACAUCCAUAUGGUCAUUCCAGAUGAAAAGACCAGAAACUAAAUGUAACUUGUUUUGUCCAGCUGGUUUGUGUUGUUUUGAAUGAAUUGUCUUGCUUUAACUUGAAAGGACAAUGAUCAAACUGGGAUAAAUUAUUAACUGAUAUCGAGACUGGCCCAACCAUGUCUACCCUCGUCCCUCCUGAACUGCAGACAGGAAAAAGCAAGAGAUCAAUGGCCUAACAUUUCUUUUCACUACAGUGUAGCUUGUAUAUUCAUACAGUUAAAAUAUUGUUGGUUUUGAUGAUUUGGACUUAACCCGGGCUGUGAAAAUUGUGUAUUGUUCUUUUUCUCCCACGGUAGAUGGUAUUUAUUUGCAACCCGGUCUCACUCCCAAGUCGUCACAUAUGGACGCUUGGUCAAGAGCCAUAAUCGUCAGUUUGUGACACACUAGGGAUCCCUUUGACGUCA